UGACCCAUCACUAACACUAUACUAUUACUUAACUUAUUAGUUAUGAUAACUGUGGAGACUUCGGACAUGUCAGAAUCUGCUAAAUCGACAUAGGACUACAUAAACCAAGGCAGAAGUGUAGUUGGAUUUCCUUUUCUCAAACGAGAAUUUUUUAAAGUAGACCUAGGCUAUGUUGACAACUUAGGCCUACAUAUUUUUAGUCGUUUCUAAAUAAUGGAGGAAUAUAGCGAAUUUGAUCAACCACAGACCAUGAGUCGAGCAUUUUGCAUGCAGAUCCCAGCAUCAGAGUAUGAUGCACAAGGAGCAACAGAAACUGAAAAGGCACUGAGGGACUUAAUGGACUACCUAGAGAAAAAUCCAGCUGUGUACAAAAAAGUCUUGGUACGAAGGAAACAGGAAGAAGCAGAAAACGCUGGUGUGUUGUCCUAUGUGAAAUGCAAAGUACUGGCUGCAGUGAAAGGACCAGACUACAUGGAGGAAGAAGUGUCCAAUCAGGAGACACUUCACAAAAUAGGACAGUUACAGUAUGAGCUAGCUAAAGCCUAUGACUAUGCUCAAGAGGCUAACAAAAGCAAGAAGCGGUUUUCCCGACGGAUUGCAGCCAAGAAGGCCCAGGCAUCCAAGAACAAAGAGAACACCACUCCAGCAAACUUCAAGAAACCCAAGACUGCAUCAUCAAAUUCCAAAUGCAAGGCUCCCCCUCCCCCUUCCUAUCCUCCACCCUCAAUUUCAUCCCCUUUAACCUCUGAGGAUGACGAAGUGUUUGUGAAGUUUAAUCUGCCAAUAACUCCAUGCCGACGUCCUUCUAUUCAUCGUCAUGACAGCACAUCCUCAAUAGACAGCAGUAUCCCACCACCACCGCCUCCACCCCCUCCAACCCCAGCCAAUAUGAAGAGUAACAAGAUACUCAAGGAACGGACCAAUGCAAAAAGUCAGGUCAGCUUUGAAAGUCCAAUCUACAAGUCGACGCCGAAUAAGCCACCUCUAACACCCAAACCACCAUUGACGCCAGGGAUUCACCCCAACCUCAAACGCCAUGGGUCAUCAACUUCUUUGAGCUCCAUUGCCAGUGUCCAUGAAGAACUGAUAUCAUUUGACAAGAGCAGACUGAGGGCAGUAUCAACUAAUAGAUCACCAAGGAGCAUUCCUUUCAAGACUCCUCAAUCCAGGAAGCGUGUUCUGUCAGCUAGUGUUGUUAGAGCUUCCAUCACAGACAUCUGUGGUAUCUCUACCAUCAGUGCUUUCAAUCAACAGAUGGUGGAUAAAUUCCGCAAUGCACGUAGCCCUGUGACAGUUGUUAAUAGUCCAGCUAGUGGAUUCAACAGCCCAGAGAGUGGAUUUAAUAGCCCAACAGGCUUUACACCAUAAACGAGGUGUCAGUAUGAUGCAGGUGUUGCCACUUUGUAACAACACUACCUAUUGUUUCUUGACAAUGUUGUCAAUUCAUGAAAACAGCAUUGAAAAAUGUAUGUCUCUCUUAUUUGCUGGGCAAAUCAAGUUUUGAAAACACAGAAAAGCCAACCAUUCUGUUUGAUCAUCAGACUUGAAUUUGUAGAUUUUGUAGACAAUGAAAACUGAUGAACAAAAGCACGUCACUUGUACUGGGUUAAAUAUUUGGCCUGUUAUAGUUUGAAAAACAGGUCAACAAAUUGAGCUUGUCAUUACAUACAUGUCCAUGUAUAUUUGGUAUCGCUACCUAGUCCCUGUAUGUAGUACCAUAUAUUUCAUGGUACACAACUUGUCUGCUGUUUAAUUUAACCCUAACAGUACCGGGCAUUGUUUGGCUUAGAGUACUUAGUACUACGUAACACUCUGAGCCUGAAGGUCCUAGCGCUACAAAUUACUCUUUCUGGCAAGGUUUAUUCCAUUAUUACUGGUACAGAGAACAAUAAAGACACGCAUUUAUAGUGCCACACGCU